UCCUUCCCGUCAUCCCCUGCGAGCGGCCCGGCCUGGUCCGGUUGCCAUGGAGCGCGCCGCGGUGCUGCGCGUCAAGAGGAAGCGCGGCGGGGCUGUGCCGGCCGAAGCGUUGGUGUUGGCCUGUAAGCGGCCGCGGACGGAGGAAGGCACUGCCACACCGGACGGGGAUGAAGUGGAGAAGAAUCUUUUCAAGCUGGUGGCCACCGUAGCCUCGGAGGUGCGGUUGAACAGGACUCGGUGCUCUGGCCUGGGCUUGUUUGGGCCUGUCGGUCGUCGUAGUUGUCCAAUUCUUUUUACUCACAGAAACAACAAGUUAGGCCUCAGGCAAAGGCAUCAAAAGUAGCUAAAAUAAAAUAAAGAUCAUGUGCGGUGAAGUUAACAACGCGGUCAUGUAUAGUUCUACUCAAAAGCAAGACUCCUACGAGUUUCCUGGGGCAAAGCCAUACCUAUGGAUUGUGCAGCUACAUGGUGGUUUUUCACGACUCGUGUCAAAGGACAUGCUUAUAGCUGGCAGGUUCCUGCAAAGUAUGAUUUUAGCACCUAGGAUAGCUCAGUUGGUAGAACGUGGGAGUCUUAAUCUCAGGGCUGUGGGUUUAAGUACCACAUUAGGCAAAAAGAUUCCUGCAUUGCAGGGGGUUGGACUAGAUGAUGAUCCCCCUGGUCCUUUCCAACUCUGUGAUUGUAUUCCAGGACUUAUUAUUGAGUAUUUCAUUGUGCUUUUGUGGAAUCAUGAACUCAUUAUUAAUAGUAUUGUUGACAUCUCUCUAAUAACCAUUUCUUCACUCUGCACCACAUUUUUCUUUCUUUUAAGGACCAUCUGAUGCCAAACAGGCAAGCCAUUAUUUGUUUGUAUCUAUAUCUCUCAAACAUUUAAGGUGUUAGGUGAUACAAAAAUUAUUAAAUUUUAGGGAAAGAAUGCUACUGCUCCCCUCCAAAUAAUACUUUUCAGGGAUUGUGAAUGUAACAACCCAAAUUUGUUUUGAGUGUAUGUUUAAUUUGUUGUUUGUUCUUGUGUGAAAAAGAAAAGAAGACCCACUGUAUUAAUUUGAUUAUAAUUCUUCAACACUAAUAUUUAAUACAUGUUGAAGUGCUUUACAAUCCUGUGCAUCGGGGUGGGGAAUUUGUGUGACCAUCUGGGUGCUGCUGGUCUACAACUCCCAUCAUAUGACCCCACUGGCCAUACUGACUGUGGGGGCUGAUGGGAGUUGGGAGCCCAACAAUAUCUGGGGGUCACAAGUUCCCCCACCUGUGUUAAUACAUGUUUUCUCAAUGCAAGCAUGUUUCCUCAGGUGACCAGGUAAAGGUUGGUAACCCGUUGUUCUGCUAUGUUAGCUCACCUGGUAUUAAGUUCCAUUCAUCUCAGUGGAGUUGCUUUUGAGUAGGAUUGUGCAGGAAGAGAAUCAGGGUGUGACUGGGAUGGCUGCUUAACAUCUUGCCAAAGCAGAGGGCAUUGAUCUGCAUAAAAUCUGCAUACAUGUGUUAAUUUAUAGGUAUAGUUGCAAAUUUGGAAAUAAUUACUGUAAUUUGAAUAGAAAUGCAUCUUCGCAUAAUGGGGGAAAUGGUAACCAGGUUCCCUGUGUAUCUGCUUAAUAUGUUGUCCAGGUACUAACUAUUGAUGGACCACUACCUCCUGCUUCUGCUCUGCCUUAUUACUUUAUCUUUAAACUGGUCUUGGACCACUUAGCUAUUCAAGUAGAGGUCUGUCUGCUGACAGUGCUUCAGGUAGAGAACUGUCCUCUGUAAACUAGGGCACAUGGCCAUCAUAGCAGUAGUCCUCUGCUCACACUUACUUGGGGAUGUAAGUACCAUUGAGCUUGGUGGGGUUUGCUUGGAGAUGACAUGCAUAGGGUUGCCCUGGUAGACAUCAAUGUUGCUAGACUUCCUGCUAUGUCCCAAACGUUAGCUUUAGAAAUGAGUAAGGAAUUAAGAGGUAAAUCUCUACCAUUCAACUGUACAUCCUUCUUUAAUCCGGUUCUUGGAAGAAAUGUAAUCUGAUGAUUCUGAGAAAGUGGCAGGGAAAGGGUUAAUCCACACAUUGCACUAUUUCUCUGCUCUCAAUUUCCCCUCUAAAAAGCACUUGCCCAAUGUAUUCUUUUUUCCUUUUAAAACUGAGCUAUUGGAGCAACAGUGUACAUACAGGUUGGUAUACAACAUGGAUUUUGGCUCCCAAAGUCUGUGAUGUAGUCAUUUGUAGCCAGGCUUUCUUUGCACAAAUUGUCCCCAGGUUGCAUAGAGAAGAUAUACUGUGCAUUGGAAUUAGAUAGGUAUGUUUCUGUAGUGAUUAUGCUGGCAGAAUAUACAGAAUUGUUUACCUGUUAUCUUUGUUUUGUAUAUAUUCAUUUCCCUACACAGCAACUGGGCUCUGAGCAAGCAAACAGUCUUCUUUGUGUUUGUGUAUUGCUUAUUAUGGCUGUAGAUUUGUUCUUUAAAAUAACAAGCGUUUAAGGCAUGAACUGAAGUUGCAUUUUUGCUUUCUUCAGGAUGAGCCUGUUGAGAAGUAUGUAAAAGAAGCCAUUACCAAAAGCAAAUCAGCUCAACUCUUGCGACCUUCGCUAGGAAGUGCCCAGAGAGUAAUUCAGGACCUUCGUUCUUCCAAGUAUGCCAGCAGACAGGAAAGCCGCUACCGUCUAAUCGCCAGCCACCGACCAAAUUUCUCUGAUGGAGAAAGUGAAGUACUUCCUGCGAAUGGGGAGGAGUUGAAUAAAAGCAACCAUUUGGUCUCUGGAGCAAGAAAGGACACUACACAUGAAGAAAGCCAUGGUAUUGCAGACUCCUGUGGAAAAUUUCAGUUGUUUGAUAUUGAACAAGAAGAGGAUGUAGAAAAGGAUACUGGUAUGUCAGCUGCACACUUACAGGUUGGUAUUGAGUCCUGAAUGGUCAAGUUUCUGGAUUAAAAUAUAGCAAGACAGCAGUUUAUACAAAAAUGCAAACUCUAUUCAGACAUCACACCAAACCUUGAAUUGAAUCAUAAUAGGAAAGGACCUUGAAAAUCAUCUAGUUCAAUUGACUGUAGUUCACUGCUAGUGAUAGUUUAGAAUCCAAACCAUAGCUUGAUUUAUUCCAAAUUUAAUAAGUAAACCAGAGUUUUGAGUUUCUUCUCUGCUUUCAAUUUGUCUGCUUAGCAUUCCACUUUCAAGGUAAAUUGGUCCCUGGAGGGGAAGCAAACAUUAUGAUAAACCAUACAUGAACUCUGGUUAGCAAACCUAAAUCUAAAACACGACACUUGAUUGUAUUUUAUCAGCCAAUCUCAAAUAAAGGUUUUCUGUUCAGUCAAUACACCAAACCAUAGUUUAGGGUUUUUAAAUCGUUGUUUAGCCUGAAAUCUGAAUUGAAUCUUUAUGUCUAGUAAUUUGAGAAGUUUAUAAGCAAGCAUUUUUAAUAUGCUUUCCAGUGGUUUUGACUAGCACAAUUGGCAAUCUAGUUGGGAGAGGCAAAGAAUUUCAAGACAGUGACAAAAAGGAUGCUACUUGCAGGUGUAUUUGUUGGCAAUGUAACUGUGUAUUAGACUGUUUGCAUAAGUCUCUGGGUGCUCAAUUUUUGAAGCUAAAAUCACCUGCUAAUUCAUGUUUCAAAAACAGUUUCCAAUUAAACAUGUGAGGGUUGUUUGGGUACAUAGCCUAUUGCUUUUGGUGUGUAUGAAGGGCCCACAGCUUAGCUGUAGAGCAUGUGCUUUGCAUUCAAAAAGUCCCAAAUUCAAUCCUUGGAGAGCUGUUGCCAAUCAAUAUUGACAGUAUUGAGCUAGAAUAUGAUGGGGAACUUUCAGCUGACCCAGUUGUGACAGGCUUGACAUCUGAUCUAUGGUGUCGGGCACAGGAAAGUUCAACUAAAACAGGGGAGGAACCUUAGAGCUCCUUCUACGUACACUUCUUAUUCUAAGUAACACUUCUAAGUAUAUUCUCAAUAUACAUUCUAAGUACACAUAUUCUUCCUUUACAGCUACAGCUUCAAUUUAAGCUGUGCUGAGAAGAAGAAUCAAGAGCACACUUAAGAGUGCACUCAGGAUUCAUUCUUUUGAAGUUGAGUAACCUGAAGUCAUAGUUGUUUCUUAAUGUGUAAAGUCCUUGUUGACCACUAGAUGUCAGCAGUUGGAUGCAGUGCAGAAUAGCAUAAGUUCUAGCACCUUUCAGAAACAGGUACAGUGGUACCUCGGGUUACAUACGCUUCAGGUUACAUACGCUUCAGGUUACAGACUCCGCUAACCCAGAAAUAUUACCUCGGGUUAAGAACAGACCUCCAGAACGAAUUAAGUGCUUAACCCGAGGUACCUGUUUUAGUGUAUUGUGUGAAAUUUAAUCCUCAGUUUGCAGGUAUAUACAUGGAUACAGCGAAGUAAUGCAAAACACAAAAUAGUAGGGUCUAAAGGGCCUCCCUGUUGUGGUAUAUUUUGGUGGAGGGGUGGUGGUGGUGUGGUGAAGAAAGCCUAAUUGCUAGGUGAGUAGAAAAAAAGAAGGGGACAGGCACCAUGUGUCUUUUAAAAUCUUUUCAAUAGACAUUAAACGACAAAUGUUAUUUAUGUUAACAAAGUCUGACUUAUAGGAAACCAUUAGACAGUGUGGAUUAGUAAACCUUACACUUGCUUCCAUCAUAGGCUGAGCACAUUUCCAUCUGCUUAACCCCAUUCCCCUGCAGCAGAAGACGUCAGUGGGCUUUGCUAAGUAGACAAGAGCAACAUCAGGGCAGGGAAUGCUGCCAGAAUAAUCUUGGCACAAUAUGGAUACCAUGUUAUUUCUCUUCCUGAUAUUACACUUAACGUGAUGUUACUGUAUUUUCUUAAGUGCGUUGAGAGUCUCCAGGAUACAAGUAUUCUAAACAGAAAACAAAGUAGCCUGUUCCUUAGUGCCCUUUUACAGCUCUAGUGAGAACAUCCAAUGAACAAAAUUCUAGAUAGAUUAUUAUAAUUUGUCACAUUUACCUUCUAUUACUGUUUGAGAUUUUAGCAAAGAAGUAUCCACUGCCCAGUGUGUUCUAGUUACACCAAGACUAUGUCUACUUAUUGAUGCUUUUAAAUGAGUAAGAGGCAGAAAGGUGGGAGACAGAUAUUUUUGAACAUGCAUUUUUAAACAAGCGGUUUGUAUCAUCCUCCUUCCCCCAGCACAAUAUAGUCAAAGUUAAAUUUGCAUUUUGCUUUUGCAUUUAACAGGAGGUAACUAUUAUUAUUGAAGGGGUUUCAACCAGCAAUUUGAAAGUCACAUAUUAGUUUAUCUUUUAGCUGUUUAUAGUGAGAUGCUUAUAACACUUGUGUUCUAUCUAACAGAAACCGGGUUCAGAUGCCAUUCUCUGUAAUGCUGUUGAAAUGAUUCGUGAGAGUUUAACCAUAACGGACAGUAAAGAAGCAGAGCAUAAUUUAAAGGAGGAAUAUGUUUAUGACAUCUACUGCAUGGAAACAGCAUCUCCAUGCUGGAUUGAGAACAUACUGUCUGUUCAGCCCUACACCCAGGAUUGUGAACUGGUAAGCAAAUGGAAAAGAAUGUCAAAUAAGUGACAAAGGGGACUAAAGAAGAGAAUGAGAACCUACUGUGAAUUUAGGUCAACAUUAGAGCAUAAAAGCAAAUACAUGGGAGCAUUUUUAAUUGCUAAUCACAUUUAAAGACAAGGUUUAGUUUGACUGACUUACAAGAAUAUCCAAAUGGGUUAGGCGGGAUAUAAAUAAAAUUUUAUUAUUUAUUAUUUAUUAUUACGACUGAUAACUGAAAUAAACUCCCAAACACUGUUUAUUAGAUAAAACUGAAAUAAAUUGGAUAAAUCAGAACGUUUUAUAAAUUUCACUGGGAAAGGGUCCAUUUGAAGUGGAGGACAGAAACACUUUUACUUUUUGGCAAGUCACAAAUAAGGCAGAAGGGAACAGUGUGAGAUUUGCUCAUUCACAUUCUUGAAUAAUCCUUAGAUUCAGGAAGGUUGUCCGUGCUUGCAAAACACAAGCUGUAUUUGCUAACUGCUCAAAGGCAUAAAGGUUUUUACACACACACACACGCUUAAUAGGCAUAAACAAAACAGGUUUCAGCAGGGAUAGGGGAACAUAUCUGACCAUAGGCCAUACAGGUCUAACAACACCUAGAGCGGGGUGGUGGUGUUUAUGGAAUCCAUCGCUUUUCAUUUCUGAUGGCUAACUUUUGCAUUAGUUGAUGCUUAGCAAGUGAGUUGCAGUGGAGACUUUCAUCUCUGAAAAUGCUUUUCAAUUUUAACAUGCAGGUGGAUGAAAAUCACAUUGCCGAAGAAAUAUAUGAUGAUGAGGAUGAUGAGAACAAUGAGAACAAUUGGCGAAAUGACUACCCAGAUGAAGAUGAGUUCCUCCCUGGGGAAGAUGAAGGUAUUUGAUGUGAUGGGCAAGCCAGUCAGCAGUUUCACUUUAAUUGUUAGCGUUAACCAUUAAUUUUACUCCCAUUACUCCCAAACUAGGUGUCAGAAGACUCAAGUGAAACCAACUAUGGUUUUACCCUGAGAAUGAGUAGCCCACAUAUAAAAACCUUGAUGGGUCUAAUAUGACCCAUCACUUCUCUAAUUACUUUGAACUGGGAAGUGGAUGACGAGAUGAUGAGCAAUCUGAGACAAUAAGCAAAUAGAGUAAAAUAUAGUGCCUGGGGCAUUGGCAGAACUGCAAACCUAAGCAUCAUUGUAUCCUGUAAAAUCUUUCCCACGUUUCCAAAUUAUUUUUUCCUCCUAGAAUCAGAGCAUGGAAGCAUCAGUGAUGAAGAUAAUGGAUAUAUCAGGAGAACAUGGGAAAAAUAUCAGUCUGAUGUCUUGUUGGAAUUCGAGUAUGAUGGGUUGCAGGAGCUGGAUUCCGAGUAGACACUGGAACCUUAGUGCUCAGAAGACAUUAAUUAUGUGUGAAUUUGGAAGUUCAUGACAUACGUCGUGCCGCUUAUGUACAGUGGAUGCUGCAGUGCUUAUGAAAGCCUGAGUGUCACUGGUUGUUCAAGGGUAAACAAGAGACUUUAAAUUAUGUAUCUAAAACUGAGUAAUCUAAUCCUUAUUCUUGCAGCUGUUGUCUCCAUAAUAUGGUACACUAUGUGGGUAGGACAUCUCUGAACUUGAUGGAUAUCAGUUUUUACUAUGGUGGAAUCUUUGAAGGCUUCUUCUGAAGUUAAAUAAGAAGAAAUUCCUAUCUAUAAGAAAUGUUUUAGUUUUUCAGGUAAAACUGUAAAACUGGAAAUGCAGAAAAAAUGGAGAUAGCAAAUAUGUAUUCUGAACAACUCUUUCAAGGUCUCAAUCUCUUGCCAUAAAUGGAGCUUCUGCCAUAGAUUGACAGGAGACCAUUACUCAUUCUGUGAAUUGUUGAUCUUUGCACUUUAGUAUGAUUGGAUUACCGAGUAGUAUGGCGUUCCUAUUGACUUUAAUAUACAAAUAAAAGGCAGCUUUUGUUGAAUAGUU